AUGAAGAUCCAGGAGUUGCACAAACAAUACGACUUGUUUCCUGAAUGGCACAAAACCAUCAAGGACGUGAUGGAAAUUGGGAUGAUUACUCGACAUAUUCCCUGGGCAAUAGUUCCCUUGUUUUUCCUACCUGAAUGGUUUGUGUCUCGAACUUUCCCUAAGGUGAUGAGAACCAAGAAGUAUAGACAAAAGUGUGAUGAAGUCGCUAGAGCAGUCUUUCAAGGAUCCAAAGCCAAAGACGAUACCUUGGAGGGAGAACCAUCAACUCACCCCCCUCUUUUCAAUGGGCUUGCAAAUGCCCGGCUUCCACCCGAAGAAAGAACGGAGGAGAGAGUCAACCAUGAGAUUGUGAGCCUCAUCGGAGCUGGGACGGAGACCACAGCAAAUACGCUCGCAGUGAUCACUUUCCAUGUUCUGGACAAGCCCCAAAUACUAAAUAGGUUGAGGAACGAGCUAGGAAAUACAGGAGUUAUAUUCGAAGGCCUUAGGCUCUCCUAUGGAUUAUCCCAUCGUUCUCAGCGGAGUUCACCAGAAGGGCCACUCUACUACAAGGAUAUUAAAAUUCCGCCAAACACCCCUGUCGGCAUGACGUCUGUUAUGAUUCAUCACGAUGAAUCCAUAUUCCCUCGCUCGCACGACUUUAUUCCUGAGCGUUGGACAGAUCUACAAGAGCGAAAGAUUUUGAACAAAUACCUAGUAGCAUUUGGUAGAGGUUCAAGACAGUGCGUUGGGAUGAAGAAUAUAUGGAUCAAAGCUGGACUGAGCGCUCGGUCUGGAAGAUGA